AUGGCCACCACGGCUUCUUCUGCCCCCGACAUGGGCACAGUCACCACCACGCUCCAUCCGAACGCCAACCUGGCCGCUGUUGCACCUAUGGGCCCGAUUCCCAGCGCUGCUCCGUACGAGACAUCUGCGCAGACCCCUGUACCACCUGCUGUUGGCGGACCAACGGGCUCCGCCGCCGCGGCAGCAGCAGCAGCAGCGGCGGCGGCGGCGGCGGCGGCAUCGGCAUCGCGCAGCGUCAAAAGGCCGCGUCCCGUCAAGUCGUGUACCGAAUGCCGCAAGCGGAAGUUGAGAUGUGAUCGCAAUCUGCCGUGCUCUCAGUGUCAGAAGUCGCACCGCAACUGCAAGUAUGCUGCCGAACCGGACUCGUCAGUGCUGUCAGACGGCUCCGAUGCCGAGAUGGGUGAUCUGCAGCGACCCCCAAAGAGAAAUUGCCUACCUUCAACGACGCCCUCGGGACCACAGCCAGCCGACCCCUCACUUGCGCCCCUGCGCAAUGGGGAGUCGGUCGCGCCUUCGGCUCUGGAGGAAUUGACGUCCCGGUUGGACCGCUUGGAGAAGCAGCUCAUGAUCCGGAGUCCCGCAGUCACUGAGUUCAGUGGAACUGGUCAGCGUUUGCCGCUGCCGGCAGAAACGAUACGAGGACUGACUGUUAAGAGAGGCGCCCUACGGACACGCUUCUUUGGCCAAAACAGCGUGCGUGUCUUGCUGAACCUGGUAACUCUUCCGGAACCCGAAUGCCUUCGAAUAGCACUCCUAACCCAUCCCUCCCAGUUUGAUGACGCCAAGGACUUCAUGGCAAACCAGUCCAAAAUUGACGGUAUCAGAGACAUCAUGUAUGGCCUGCAGAUACUCCACAAGCGAUUCCAGGAAGAGUACCGCAAGUCCCUGUCCCCAAUCUCUGUCUUUGCCGACUCUGUAGUCCCGGUCCAGAAGCGUAUGCAGGAUAUUCUUCCGAAGAAGGCGGUAUGCGACAGGCUACUGGCCUCUUACAUUGAUACAUCCGAAACCAUCUACCGAAUGAUUCACGUGCCCACGUUCAAGGAACAGCACGAACUGUUCUGGGAAGGCAAGCUACCGGGGGACACCUUUCUCCCACAGCUUCUGGCGGUCCUAUCCAUCGGGUCGAGGUUUGAGACGAAAUCCAAGGGGCUCGGCCAUGAACGCGUCGAAGGCGUGCACAUCCCAACGGCAUGCGCGCUCGUCAGGUCGUGGCUGGACGGACUCAGGGGCAAGCAGUUGGUUGACUUGACGACGUUGCAGACCGAGAUCCUGCUGGUACACGCGCAGCGAAUGACGACCCCGCGGCAGCAAGAUUCGUGGACACAGCUGGGGUAUAUCGUGCGCAUGGCCAUGACCAUGGGCUUGCACCGAGAUCCGUCCGAAUUCGAACCCAGGGUGCCGGUAUUCUUUGGCGAGCUUCGAAGAAGGCUGUGGUUUACGAUUCUGGACAUGGAUUUGCACCUGUCCCUAGCCUGCAACCUCCCCUGUCUUGUGCGCGAUGGAGACUUUACGUGCAGGCCGCCCCGAAACCUCGAUGACAGCGAUCUCUAUGUUGACAUGAAGGAACUACCGCCAAGCAAGCCGCUCGACCAGCUUACAGACAACCAAAUGCAGGUGUAUGCCGCCAUGACGCUCGGCGUUCGGAUGCAGGUUGCGCACUUGAUCAACCGCGUCGAUUCCAUCCGGGACUACAGCGAAAUCAUCGAAGUCGGGGCGAAGCUGGAUCGGUUCUUGGAAGACAUCAACUAUCUGUUCCCCCGCCAUGGCAUAUUGAACGAAGUGGAGAAGAGCAGACAGUGGAGGUCCAGAGUAAUCCUCGAUAUGCACGUGCGACGGCCGUUGCUGGCCCUCUAUCGACCGUUCGCCCUGGGGCUGCCGGACGCGCCAUCACAGGUAUCGAGGGCAUACUUGCGAUCCUCCAUGGUCAUAAUGCGGUAUCUCGACGAACUCGACCCGUUGCUCGCCCAUUUCCAAGACGUCAGCGACAUGUACCACAUGGUGCUGAAGAGGGACAUUUUGCAGGCGGCCUUCAGCGUGUGCUUCUACAUCAAGGCUGCCACCGAAUCGCACGUCACCGGCAACACACUGGGCAUAGCCUCGACCGUGGCCAUGUCUCCGGAUCCUCAGGACGAGGGCGUAGCCUUCAGCACCGAGACGUUUGCGCUCUGGUCGCCGUCACGCCUAAUCAAGACGGUUGAGAAGACACUCGACCUGCUCGUCCGCAAUGUCGGCGGCAACGAUCUCAAGGACAUCGUUGCGCUUGCUGUCGUACUGUCUUCUGUGCAAACAGCGAACCAGGAGCAGAAGUUGCACAGCAUCCGGCUUAGAUUGCAGAGUGUCCUUGACGCAUGCAAAGCCUCGACCAACACGAACCCCGAGAAGAUGUCCCUGCAGAAUCCAGCCGAUUCGAUAGAUUCUUACAUGCAGGCGAGAGCGCCAUUCACGUUUCAUGAGAAUGCGUCAGCAGCUGGGGUAAGUGACCACGGCGGCUGGGUUCUGUGGGACGGAUGGAACUGGGCUGAUGCAUGGUCGGCAGACUCCGGAUGA